AUGCCAUGCAGCAUGUUAGUACAGGAAUCGCAGCCAUCGCGAUUCAUCAUGGAAUUUCUGCUGCCGUCUCUGUCGCGCGCUCUUAGUCGUUUUUGGUUGCGUUACGCGUUACGAUGUACUGAAGCCACUAUUAUGGAGAAGACUAUGGCUGCUUCAGCAGCCAUAGCUUAUGACGCUCGCUUGACGCGCACACUUGAAGCCCUCCAAAUGAACUGUGUCGUGUCGCGCAGAGGACUGAGUUUGACGAAGGAAGAUAGAGAUUAUCACAGGCUUACUGCGUCGGGAUGCGUGUCUCGUUCAGUCGAGCGAGAAGGCCACACAGUUCGUCAGUAUGAAGAUCAAUCACAGGACAACCCGGAGACCGAGCAGCUACCGGAUUUUACUUUUCCAUCAGCGGCCCAAGACAUCAGCGCCAUGUCGUUACUCGAAGUCAGGAGUUUAGAAGAAGAAGCCCGGAUGUAA